CAAGUGUUAUACGUAACUUAAUAGUGUACUGUCGACAGCGAAAUUGAUCAGUCGUGCAAAAUGCUUAUUAAAAUUAGUUAUGUAUUUUUCACACUCGGUAUAAAUAGUUUUUUCGUAUACGGACAAUUAGCAGACCAAAAGAGCAGUUUCGCUUUUGUAAUAGAUGACACUGGAUCAAUGUACAAUGAGAUAGAGCAAGUGAAAGUUAAAACUGAAUUAAUAUUCGACAAGAUUGUAGAAUCUGAUUCAUCACAAAUUGGAAAUAUUAUUUUAGUGACAUUUAACGAUCCACAUAUUCGAAAGGCGCUCGUAACUACAGACGAAAAUGAAUUCAAGACAGCUUUAAACGCCAUUAAGGUUGACGGUGGUGAUGAUUGUCCGGAGAUGGCGAUGAAGGGAAUUGAGGAGGCUUUGUUAAAUUCCAUGCCAGGUUCAUAUAUUUUUGUGUUUACUGACGCUUCGGCUAAGGACUACGGUGAAUUCCCAAAGAUUAAAAGAAUGGCACUCAAACAAGGAUCACAGAUUGUAAUCGUGUUAACGGGAGUUUGUCCUCCAUUUCUUGAAUCUGAUCCAGCUUACAAAGUAUACCAUGACCUUGCUUUUGCUACCUCAGGACAAGUAUUUCACAUUGAUAAAGGCGAGCUUGAAGAGGUGUUAGAUUUCGUUGGUAAAACUCUUGAUGAAAGACGAGCCGUAUUAACUUCUGCAGUAUUACCACCUGGAUACAACAAUACGUUAAAACUUCCUGUUGACAAAGAAAUUAACGAUAUUCACAUAUCUGUGUCAGGCUUAAAACCAAAGGUUAAACUAUUAAAACCAGACGGAAGUGACGCUAAUACAACAGAUAUCUUCAAAAAUGAACAUACUGUGGUAGUGGGAGUUGAAAAAUUGGGUUCAGGAGAUCAUACGGCUGAAGUUGGCAGUGAGAUAAGCUCGAGCGUUGUCAUAACCGGAGUAACUGCUAUAAACUUCCAACAAGGUUUUACUGGAUCCAGACCAACGUCAAUCAAAACUACCGUAACCAGACCCAUUCUAGGCAUACCAUCGUUUUUAGCAAUAGAAUUAUCAAGUAAAGCCAAGGAUGUUGAAUUGAAUGAAGUGGAAUUAUUAGAUUUGGAUGGUAACGUUUUGUUUGUAAGGCCAUUAAAAAAAGUCAGUCAAUAUUUCUAUGUGGCUGAAAAAGAGCUACCUCCAACUUCGAUUUUCAGAAUAGCGGUAAAGGGAUAUAAUACAAAAACCAAAGAACCAAUAAAACGACUAUCGUUCACACCCAUUGAACCUCAAACGCCAUCAACGGAGGAUAAAGCAGAAAAUAGAGCACCGACCGUAACAUUAAUUGGAGAUCCUGCAAGGGAAGUGAAAUAUGGUGAUCCGUUGCAGCUCCAAUGUAAAAUCAAUGCGUAUCCUACGCCGAAAGUAAUAUGGAUAGACGAAAAGACUGGAUCGACAGUUUCAGAAAUGGUCGUAGAAGAAGAAUUGCCAUAUGAUUACUUAAGUGUACUUGAUUUAGAGGAAGUAAAGGCGAACUCUUCUUAUCAAUGUCGAGCAUCUAAUGACUUUGGUCAAGAUAAUGUCACAGUAACUGUACAAGCUAUUGAUACAUUCGUUGCAUUGAACGUUUCCGAAGACACAAGUAUUGACUACGACGAUGAAGGAAAGUUGUAUUGCAUCAUUGAGGCAAAUCCUCCAGCAGAAAUCACGUGGUAUCUCAAUGGUGAAUUGUUAGACACAGACGAAGAUUUAGAAAAAUCUGAAGAUGGAUCUGUUCUCAAUAUAAUAUACAUGAAACCAAAGUUUGAAGGAGAAUACAUUUGCGAAGCUAAAAACGAACUCAAAAGACAGAUUUACUACAUCAAUGUCGUCUUGACAGGAAUAGCUGCACCGAUAAUCGAUGAUUCCAUUAACCAAGUCAACGUAACUAGGAAAAAUGAUGCUACAAUUAGUUGCAAGGUCAUUGAAGGAGUACCCCAACCAGGAAUAAAAUGGAGUUUUAAACAUCGUUACGCCCAAGUGUUUAGUCCCCUUGAAAAUUAUUCGGAUCUACUUAAAAUAAAUAACACAGAUCUAAAUAAUGCAGGAACGUAUAAAUGCGAGGCGUUUAAUUUGUUUGGACAAGUUGAACACGAAAUAGAACUAGUAGUUAAAUAUCCACCAAAAAUAAGACCAAAAAAGCAAACAAUAAAAAGUAAAUUAGGCACACAUAUUUACUUAACGUGCCAAGUAGACGGUAUACCGCGUCCAAAUGUGAAAUGGACAUUCAAUGGAGUCGAGAUCAAGAAAUCUAUACGACAACGAAUUUAUCGAGACAACAUGUUGGGUAUGAAGGCUUUGAUAAGCGACUCGGGAACAUAUUAUUGUAAUGCUGAAAAUGAAUUGGGAUCCGAUAUUAAAAUCGUGGACGUUAUGAUAUAUGACGACGUUAGAAUAACUCCGCCAACGAAGAGUACAUGGAAAGUAAAAGUCGGAAGUACAAUAGAACUACCUUGUGAGGCGUUUGGACAUCCUAAGCCAAGUAUAAAAUGGAUCUUCAUGAAGGGGCAUAACCAUUCCGAGGUACUAAGGCAGAAUGAUCCUUCGGGGACGCUACGGCUGUCUAUAGUACAACUACAACAAAGUGGUCAUUAUUCAUGCGUUGCACAGAAUUCCGGAGGUUCAAGAAAUAUAUCUUACACGCUACAAGUACAAGGUCCACCUGAGAUCGUAACGUCCUCAGUAUCUAAAACCAUCAAUGCUGUUGUCAACGAUUUAAUUUUAACACUCCCUUGUGAAGCAAAUGGAAAUCCGAAGCCGACAAUCAUUUGGAUGAAAGACACCUUUCAAAUUGCUUCAGGAACCGAUUGGCAUGAUAUAAGGGAGGACGGCACUUUGGUAAUAAAGAAUGUUGACGACAUUACCCAGGGCAGAUAUGUUUGUAUAGCAGAAAACUCAAUGGGCACUGACACUGACUACUACGAUAUUAAUGUCCAAAGUUAUCCCGAUGAAAGUGAGAAAAAAACCGUUCUGGAUGUUCAAUACGGAGACACGAUUAAAAUUGAUUGUGAUAUACCUCAUACGCUUAGCGAUCAGUUGACUUGGUAUAAGGGCCCACUUUUAAUAGCAACCGAUGAAUUAUAUUUGAAAAACAUCAACAUGGGAGACGGUGGAGUUUACACUUGCCGAGUUAACAACUUUUCUGGAGCGACGAGCGCCUCUAAAAUAAUAAACGUUCAGUACCCGCUUUACUUCUACGAACCAGCCAACGAAAGUAUAUAUUAUGUAGCCGAUGCUGAGGCUUAUUUGUCAUGCAAAGCCUCUGGUGUGAAAACUGUGAAGUGGUUCCAUGAUGGGAUACCAAUAGAUUAUUCCGAAAUGGCUUACCGAUUUCCUAUGAGUCCCAAAGAUCUGGGACGUUUUACAUGUAAUGUGAGCAACGGCUUUGAAACAAUAACUAGAGAUUUCCAAAUUAUUCCACAAUGCUUGUUAAAAAAUGAAUGGAAUCCUGAUAGCCCAACAGUGUCUGUACUGGAAUUUAGAGAUUCAUCAAAGGCGGAGAACGUCAAUAUGACUUUUGAAGAAGGCUCCGAAAUAGUAAUUUACUGUAUAAAAGGAUUUGAAAUGUUCCCUGGAACUGAACUGGUAGCUUAUUGCGUUUUCGAUACCACGCUAAAAAUUGGUGAUAAAGAAAUUGAUUACAAUGAUUUAAAAUGUAAAAACGACAUUACGCCGGUUGCAAAACCCACCGGGGAACGUUGCAGUCCAACAAAACGCAAUACAGAAACAAUUAAAGUUGGAAUUGAAACUGAUGGAAAAUUCGAUGAAGUUUAUGAGAUAUGCUAUGAUAAUAUCAAUUACGUACCUAUUUAUUCAACACAUAAAAUAAAUGGAUCUUUAGCUUUAGUAAAACCUAAAGAUGUUAAAUGGUACGAUAAUGAGUUAAUCAGAUAUAAUUUUAAUGAAUUGUAUGACUGUACACAACAAAUGUAUCAUAUCAAUUCAAUCAAACCGUUAGCAAGAGGUUUUAAUUGUUGUUUUACUAAAAGGCAAUUAGUUAACCCUCAAGAUGUAUCCCUUGGCGUGUCCCAGAUCGCUACAUACAGUUAUUUGAAUGUAGUACCACAUUGGAGCACAUGCGGGACGUCGAACUGGGAUGACAUUGAAAUGAGAAUCAGAAUAUUAGUAACACCGCUGACCAGAAAUCUGAUCGUUAGAACUGGUGUUUCUGGGCAACUUCAAUUACCGACUACUACAUCAAAAUUGCAGAAUAUAUUUAUAUAUGACCGAAACGACAAACGACAGCCCGUUCCAACGUUUUUAUGGAAGGUUGUUCAAGACGAAUAUACAAGGUCAUCGUUAGCUAUCAUUCAAGUAAAUGUUCCUGAUUUAAAACUAUCAGAAGCCCGUAAAUAUGUCGUGUGCAAAGAUAUUUGCAAUUUGGUGAAAUGGAUGCAGAGCCCAGUAUGGCGUGACGUCAAAUUUGGUUUUACUUAUUGUUGUACAGUGGAGGAAUUUGAAAGAGCUUUUGGUUUAGAAGGACAAUUCAGUCCCGGUCUUGAAGGAAUAUUGACUGAUGCGUCCUUGUUACCGGAUACAGGACGGCUUUAACUAUAAUAAGGCUAUAACCAUGUUAAAGAAAGCAAUAAUUUGUAACGAUAAUAUUUUAAUGACUAUCACAGUUAGCCAAAGAAUAACACCUUUACUUGCAUAAAUCGGUAAUAUAUCACAAUAUCAAGUGCAUUUUGUAUAACACAUUAGUAUUUAAUAAUUACUUAACAACAUAGAUAUUAUUAUAGAGUUUUAUUCAAGAACUGCUAAGUGCUUUAAUCUUUCUUUUAUUAUAAAAAAUCUUUCAAUAUUAAUUUGAUAAAGAUUUAUUAUUUUAUUUCUCUUGUGCCCUUACUAUUUAAAUUUAAGCGCCUACCUAAAUUACGCAGCAAUGUUUACUAGAAAUGUUCUUGCUAUUUCUUCCCGUGAGUACAUAGAAUACUAUAGAAGUAUUUUAUAAAAAAUUAGUUGUUGAAUAUUCUUAGGCGAUUAUUGCAAUUAAAAUUCACGUAUAAUAACUUCAAACGAUAGGUUAACAGGUUUAAAGUGUCAAAAUUUAUUGUAUUUUAAGUAAAUGUUGCUCGUACUAUUUUAAGAAAGAAAUGUCUUAGGACAUAUUAAAAGAAUUUUUGAGCGACUUAUAUAAAAUUAGAAGAUACAUGUAUAUCCUUUCCUUUUGUAAAAGAACUUCUAUUAAAUGUCAUCAAUAAUCACGUUCAAAAUAGAAUAUGUUAAGAUUACGAUAAAAGUUCACCUCACGCAUAGUUCACGGACAACGUUUGUUUCUGUGAUGUUACAAAAUGUAAACUGAAUGGUAAUGAUAUUUUUAUGAAGCACGAAUUACUGUGUAACAUAAAAUUAUUUAAA